CAGUCCGUAUCUACGAUGGUUGCUCAUGCGUUACGCGUCGCACUUGCACACAAAUAAAUUGUGCAUAUAUUUUACGGAAGCAUCAGCAGCUAGCAAGAAUCUGCACGGUCACAAUGCUCCGGGAGCUAGAUAGACAGGACUCGACAAAGACGAAUUAUUCACGGAACACACUCAUGAUGAGAGAAGUACAAGUGUGUGUGAGUACAGUAACACAAGGAGCCACACCAUCAUCAGGCCUGUAUAGCUGAGUAUGACAACUAGUAUUGAAUGUGUGCGCGCACCGGAGUGCCGAACCAUUACACGAUAACAAUAAUUUAACAUCAGUUCCUACACCAGCGCUGGCACUGCCGUGUCCCCGGACGUAGAUGUGUUGUGGUCAUAUGCUGUUACCGAUCAUGCAGAGAUAAGAUAUUAAAGUAGGGUAGAUGCUGAAGGUUAAUUUUAUCCGAGCAGUGUCGAUGUAAAUAAAUAUGAAUGCUUUUAAUUCUAAUUAUGUGGACCGUCAUUGGACCGUGAGAUCUUGGAACCACAAUAUCGAUAAUCGAUAUUUGACGUUGGUACUGAUCUCAUUCUCAGCACUAACAACAAUGUCAACAGAAUGGUAGCAAGAACAGGCCGAUGCAGUACACUACAGAUGUCGUCUUUAUUGCCUCAAUAAUUGGCGAUUGAAGCAAGCCGGUCUCGGAGGUAGAGAAAAGAAUAAAAGCCGUUUUGCCAGUAGGCUAGGACGUAUCAUUAACAGCACGAAUUAUGCAUUAUUUCUGAGAUUACUCUGUGACCAGACCAUGUGUGCAUGUCCGCGGAAAAGACCGAGUACCACAUGCAGCUAGCCUACCGGGCAGCACCGUGUGCUAGACGGAAGGAAACGCAAGAGAGUCAGCAAGAAUGGCUGGUCAUGAAUUGAUCGCAAGCUAACAACGACAGCCGUCUACAUUCAUUUUUAUACCUGUAUGCUGUUUACAGACAGCUAGGAGUGGCUUUUAUUGUGCUGUGAUCGUCUGGAAAAUAGCGAAUGCACGCCAUGGCGAUCCCAACAACGCGUGUUGGCAAAGGUCUCCUUACCCUGUUUUUGGUAACCAUAUGCUCUCUGGCUGUACGGUACUACGUGGCUCAUUUGCCUUCGUUGACUGUACAAGCAAUAUAUAACAAUGGAUCAGGCCAAAGUUCCAGUACCCAAAGAACCAACGUUUUACAAAGAAUUCUUCACAAAGCCUUAGACUUUUCACCAAAGAGCAGUGAAGAAUCUGCCCUGAAUGAAAACAGAACUCUUUCACGCAUUGAGAGGUUUUCACAAAGUCAACCGCCAAACAGCUCUUAUGGAGAAACAUUUUUAAAUAGCAUUCGGCAAAGGGCGAGACUAAAAGAGACGCAUUGGUAUUCAGACGAAAAGGAGUUUGUUCGCGAUAGUCAAUUUUUAAAUUAUUUGAGAUGUCCAACAACAGUACGAAAGAAAAUGCUGCAAGAGCCGUUAUCAAACCAAAAGUUUUUACCAGAAGUACCUAUACUUAUGUACGACGAUCAUUUCAGCCAUAACGAGUACCAGCGGUUGUCGAAAUUCAAAGGCAUCUACGGCUGGGAAGACAUGGACGAAAAAGAACUCUCUGAAGCUUUAAAGUCUCUCCACACGCCCAACAACCGGUACAUGUUUGACGAUCGGUUUGUGGAGGGCUUUAUACCUAAGGAUGUAGGGUGUACACGAUGUGCAGUCAUCGGGAAUGGUGGAAUGAUGAACGGAUCCAAAAAGGGAAAAGAGAUUGACGCACAUGACUACGUCUUCAGGGUGAAUGUCGCUCUAACUAAAGGCUACGAGGAAGACCUUGGUACUAAAACGUCAUUUUAUUGUUUUACCAUGGUUACUCUCUCCAACUCUUUACGAGGGGGAGGGCGAUUGGGUUUCAAAGAACCACCGUACGAAAAGGGAAUUCGCUACGUGUUUUUUGCCGACAAUGACUGGACCUACAGUUACCUGAAUGCUGUAUUGAACAAUAGGCCAGCUCCGCGCAGCGCUGACAAGUACAGAAGGACACCACCGAAUUUCGUGAAGAACCUACAAGCAGAAGACGUCAAACUUGUUCAUCCGGACUUCCAGAGAUAUCUCAAAUGGAGUUGGGUAAAUUCUACGGCGCAGCACAAAACAGUCCACAGACCAACCACUGGGGCUAUCAUGUUGCUGUUGGCUCUGCACACGUGUGACGAGGUCAACGUGUACGGAUUUGGGGGGAGUUACUCCAAGUUUUCCGAGCACUACUACGACAAGAAAUUCACCAAGCAUAUAUUCUUCGCCAACCACGACAACAAUGCGGAGAACGCCCUCUGGAAACGUCUACACGACCUGGGCAUUAUCAAUCUGUACACGAGGGAUUGAAAGUGACCCAUGACGUCAUCUACACGUAGAAGAGGUUGGUGAGAAGUCCUAAAACGUCGGGAUAUAAUAAAGGUCGGUGGUAAACCGACUUUAAUAUCUAUUGAAAGAAUCGAGAUGGAAUAUAUAUAUUUUUUCACCAGAAUGGUGAGCUAGGCCUAUAUGUUUUAUAUCUACACAAAAAAUGUCUCGAUCGUAAGUUAUAGAAGUUCAACGUAGCAUGCUGUCCCUUACCGGUAUUUCAACUUUUCUGAUUGAAAACAAAAAUCACAAACUAUCGCAGCGCAAAACGUAACGCAUAUUCUCUCCUUCCCGAUUUGGAUCAUACUGGAAUGUUAUAGCGCCCUCUAUUCCAAUUUUUUUUCAGCAGUACUAAAGAUGUACGUGACAUUUCAGAUCGAAGCCUGCAGCCAGGACUAACACUGAAUAGUGUCACCAACCAAUUACACAAGUUGAAUAUCAACUUGUUUCAUUUGUCUGAAUUGUUUUUAAAGCACGUGGUGACAAUAAGCCAUUUGCGAGUUAAAUUUGAAUAAAAUCUGGAAUGCUGACUUAAUCCAAUGCUUUGCAAGUUCAAGGCUUUGCAUUCUCCCGACCAAAGAGACUUUUACUAUAUCAUGUGACUGGGGGCAAUCUUUAUGUUAGCAAGCUCCAGCAUGGUAUGGUGUCUUUGUGCCAUUCUCACCCAUUGUGAACAAUUUAUUGGUGCUGAGCGUCUCUUACGUAACUAUGCAAGAGCUUGCCCUGAAUCAUGUGAUUAGCAACAGUGUCUUUGGUCUGGAGAAUUCAAAGUUAAAAUGUGCCAAGCAUUCUGCUUCUUCUCAAUUGUGCAACCACCUCCAUAUUGCGGUUAUCACUCUGAGCAAGUCAGUGUACCAGACUUUUUUCAAAUUUAAAUUCAUAAGGGCAUAGGUCACUCGCAAAUGGCUUAUUAAAAUCACAUACCUCUAAACCAAAGCCCAGUGGGUGAAGUUACGUUUCUGAUCACCUCAUACCAAAGUCAUCGUAGUCACGUAUGUUUUGUAUUUGUUUGGUUGUUUGUGGGUUAGUUUCGAUGUUAUCGCGUAACGCAGUGCCUUUUUCUUCAGAUUGCCAAAUAAUUUCAAGAAUCACAUGUACAUAGAACUAUUGUUUUGGAAUACACCGGCUUUUAAUCAUGUACUAAGCGACUUCCAAAGCAUAGAGUUGACAUUGUUGAUGGAAUACAUUAUAGUUAGCUGCAUUUGGUAUGUUAAUGGUCCUUCAUCGCUCGAGACAUCAGUAGUAGUAGUUCUUCUACUUAAAAGGCAUAUGGUCAUUUGCAUUCAUCCCGAAAGUAACUUAGCAAAUUAUUAUUAAAACAAAAUUAGUUGGAUUAAACCGUACUGGUUCUAAAGAUCCCGUGAAAUAAUUCCAACUGGUUUGCUGUCAUUUGGAAGAAAUCAAGAAACGGAAGAGUUGUGUGUUUCGUGACGACAAAGUUGUGUAUGAUUUUACAGUUUUUAUAACACUGUUAAUACAAAUCUUUAAACAAGUUCAUCUGGAUUGUUGGUAUAACAUGAGUUAGGAGAUUUGUUUUUUCCAUUUUGUUUUCAUCUUCACGUUUUAUGAUUGGAAAAAACGAAUCUCCUAACUCACUAUUAAUACAAAUUCUGGUUACACAAACGUAAAACCUUGGUCCUGACUGUGCAUUUAUGUACACAAUGAAUUGGACCAGCACUCCACUUAGUACACAAUUCUGUAACAUCACAAACAUUUUGGCUAAGUCUAGCUGAGUUCGUAUAAACGAGAGUCGACUGUACACUGUUGGCGAAAAGUGUAAUUUCCACUGAGCCGAAACUUCUACAGGUUAGGUUUUGAACAGCCUUCUUUGGAUUUUGAGUGGUGUUAUUAUUUGAAACGACCACAAGGCAUAACAAUUAAAUGAUCCUAUGCCUUUAAUUGUGCGAAUUUCAUGAAAGUCUACACAGCUGAUUCCUCGAAUAUUCGCGAGCUGAUAGGACUGCAUACUCGAAUAUUCGCGAGCAGAUAGAACUUGAUAUGUUGAGUGUAGCACGACCCUUGGAGCGUUACGUCCUCGGAUAUAGUCUGGUGACCUCAUAAACUAUGUAUCAUGACAUCGGUGUUCCUGAUAUAUCCCACGUGGUACAAGACAUUAAUUCUGGAUUUCUGUUGAAUUGUUGACCACCAUUAAACCAUGCCUUGGACUGUUGCUUUAUAUUAUGGACAACGGUAUUGAGCCUGUAAAGGUCAUUCUAUAAAUCUUUGUUCCAAAGUGUGACAUUUUUCCUGUCCCUGUUUCCUUGGUUCUCCGUCAUUUGUCGUUCAAGUUUCAUUAAUAAUGACUUCAAACAUUUUGUUUAUUUCUUGGGUAGGUGGUUUGCUAUUCAUAAUCACUCUUGGAGGAUGACUGCAUUAAGGAAUGCAUCCAGAAUCAUUAAUUCAAAGAUGUCAGAUGUAACAGGGAUGGGAAAAAAAGUGGACACCAAGUGUAUAGAAUCACUCAUAUGCAAUUUUUUUUAAAGAAGAUAUUAAAAUAAAUCGUUGAAGUUUGAGAGCUUAGCGUUUUGAUGGUUGCCGAAUCGUUCUCAAAGGCAAGAUUUAUUUGGCCUCUUUAAAAGAUUCUGCGAAGGAUUAAAAUGUUACGCUCUCUUACUUCAACGAUUUUUAUAUUUAGUGUCACUCCAGUCAUAACGCAGUCUGUAGGUCUUUUUUUUCUUACGACAUGGAAAUAGUAAAAGAAAACUGCACUUCAAUUUUUCAUUAAAGGGAAAAUACAACAUUUGCAAACAUCAAA